GAAAAAAAAACAGCGAAUCUCUUCCUUGCUCACUGCUGCAUCCCAAUCCCACAAUGCUUUGCAUCGCUUGCUGCAGUCUUUCAGUACCAGCUUACGAAGGGAAAAAAAAAAGGAUACAAUGAAUAAAGAUUGAUGUUUCUGAUAUUUAGCAAAGGAUCUACAAAGUGAUCGAUGACCCAGAAUAUGUUUCCUCAUCCCCUAAAGAUGGAACAUCGCUGCCUCUCUUGAUUCUCCCUAUUUUUCCUCUUGUAUAUGUCUCCUGUGCGAGGGAUACAGCCUGCCUCUUUGAUGCAUGUCCAUGAGAAAUGGCUUUGAUGCUGUGACUUACUUUCCUUGCCUCUCCCUGCUCUUGCCUGGAUGCAACAGGAACAGUUAUGCUUUAUCUACUGGGAUUUUCUGCUGCUCACAUCUACAAUAGAAUCCCUGCUUUAGCUGGCUGCUGAUUGUUUUGUGCGUUGCUCGUCGACGAUGGUGUGCAAGGUGGAAGGGAACUUAACCCACAUGCCAGUGGUCUAGGAUGGCCAGUGAAGGCUCCAAUAUCCCUAGUCCUGUGGUGCGUCAGAUCGACAAACAGUUCCUAAUCUGCAGUAUAUGCCUCGACCGCUACAAAAAUCCCAAAGUUCUUCCCUGUCUGCACACUUUUUGUGAGAGGUGUUUGCAGAACUACAUUCCAGCUCACAGUUUGACCCUCUCUUGCCCAGUCUGUCGCCAGACUUCAAUUCUACCCGAGAAGGGUGUGUCUGCGCUACAGAACAACUUCUUCAUUACUAACCUGAUGGAUGUGCUGCAGAGGAGUCCGGAUAAUGGUAUUGAAGAUUCCUCCAUACUGGAGACAGUGAAUGCUGUUGCUGCUGGAAAACCUUUGUCAUGUCCCAACCAUGAUGGAAAUGUAAUGGAAUUUUACUGCCAGUCAUGUGAAACAGCUAUGUGCCAAGACUGUACUGGUGGGGAGCAUGCCGAGCACCCCACAGUCCCACUCAAAGACGUGGUGGAACAACAUAAGGCAGCGCUGCAGGCUCAGCUGGAUGCCGUCAAAAAAAGGUUACCAGAAAUAGACUCAGCCCUUCAGCUUGUGUCUGAAAUCAUCAAUCAGCUAGCUACACAAAAGUCAAGCAUCGUGGAUGAAAUCCAUUCAACCUUUGAGGACUUACAGAAAACACUAAAUGUGCGGAAGAGUGUCUUACUCAUGGAACUGGAAGUGAACUAUGGACUGAAACAUAAAGUCCUUCAGGCACAACUGGACACAUUAAUCGAAGGGCAGGAAAGUAUAAAAAGUUGUAGCACUUUUACAGCACAAGCACUCAACCAUGGGACAGAAACAGAGGUCUUGCUAGUGAAAAAACAGAUGAGCGACAAGCUGAAUGAGUUGGCUGAUGAAGAUUUUCCCUUACAUCCUCAUGAGAAUGACCAGUUGGACUUUAUAGUUGAAACCGAAGGACUCAAAAAAUCCAUACACAACCUUGGGACAAUACUUACUACAAAUGCCGUGGCUUCUGAGACAGUGGCCACAGGUGAAGGGUUAAGGCAGAGUGUGGUUGGUCAGCCUAUGUCUGUUACGAUUACCACAAAGGACAAAGACGGGGAACUAUGUAAAACUGGCAGUGCCUACAUUUCAGCUGGGCUGUGCACACCCGAUGGGAGCGUUACAGAUGGAGAAAUAUUAGAUAAUAAGAAUGGCACUUAUGAGUAUUUAUUUACUGUUCCAAAGGAGGGUGAUUUCACUCUUUCGCUAAGACUCUAUGAUCAACAUAUUAAAGGAAGUCCAUUUAAGCUGAAAGUAGUGAAGUCUGCAGAUGUUUCGCCUACCACAGAAGGUGUAAAAAGGAGGGUGAAAUCUCCAGGCAGUGGUCACGUCAAACAGAAAGCUGUGAAGAGGCCAGCAAGUAUGUAUAGCACAGGCAAAAGGAAAGAGAACCCCAUAGAAGAUGACUUAAUAUUCCGAGUUGGUACAAAAGGAAGAAACAAGGGAGAAUUUACCAAUCUCCAGGGUGUAGCUGCGUCAACUAAUGGAAAAAUCUUGAUUGCAGACAGUAACAACCAAUGUGUCCAGAUCUUUUCAAACGAUGGGCAGUUUAAAAGCCGCUUUGGCAUUCGAGGAAGGUCACCAGGCCAAUUACAGAGGCCAACAGGGGUUGCUGUGCACCCAAGUGGUGAUAUUAUCAUAGCAGAUUAUGACAACAAGUGGGUCAGCAUAUUCUCAUCUGAUGGCAAGUUUAAGACAAAAAUUGGAUCAGGAAAAUUGAUGGGUCCUAAAGGUGUUUCAGUAGAUCGCAAUGGACACAUCAUAGUGGUAGACAACAAAGCAUGCUGUGUGUUCAUCUUUCAGCCCAAUGGGAAAAUUGUUACCAGGUUUGGUACUCGAGGAAAUGGAGACAAGCAAUUUGCAGGGCCUCACUUUGCCGCUGUGAACAGCAACAAUGAAAUAAUUGUAACCGACUUCCAUAACCAUUCUGUCAAGGUAUUUAACCAAGAUGGCGAGUUCAUCUUGAAGUUUGGUUCAAAUGGAGAAGGUAAUGGACAGUUUAAUGCACCAACAGGAGUGGCUGUAGAUUCCAAUGGAAAUAUCAUUGUAGCAGACUGGGGAAACAGCAGAAUACAAGUUUUUGAUGGGAGUGGAUCAUUUUUAUCCUACAUCAAUACUUCUGCCGACCCACUCUAUGGGCCACAGGGACUUGCCCUGACAUCAGAUGGUCAUGUUGUUGUAGCAGACUCUGGAAACCAUUGUUUCAAGGUUUACCGGUACUUACAAUAACUGAACAGCCACAGUUUGUGGUAUUUUCUGCACUGGAUAUGAACCGACUUCAGGAUGGAUAGAAGCAUCUCACCUUUCAUCGGAAGAGAACUUCAAAUGACUUUCCUUUAUUUAAACUUCACUCAUCCAUGUUUACGUUUCAGCGAUGGCUCCUUUUGUGUGUCAAAUGUUUCAUCGCUACACAUUAGAAAAAACACCUUUUCAUUGUAAUAUAGGACACCGUUAUUGUGUUAGAGGAGGUCUUCAAAAACAAAUGUUUUGAAA